AUGUCGAAACCAAGAACUAAGUAUGCUACUAACAUGAAUCAUUCUAGUGACGACGAUCCCGGGCUUGUUGAAGCGAUUCGAAAUAGAACGGGGGAAGUGCAAGAACAAUCUGAAGCCUCUCGUAUCGCACAUGAGGAAGAAAUGGGUCGAAUCAGUGAUGAAGAAGAAGGUGACGAGGAAGGUGACAAAGAGAUAAGAGAACUCUUUCAAGAACAAGAAGGAUACCCUAAAGGAAAAGGUCAGAAGAAAGAAGUUCCAAAGAAGAAGAAAGGUGACCACAUGCCCGACGAUCUGAAGAUGCUUGCUCGCGGCCCUGAUGAUCCACCUUCAGGGAUACCAGCUGAUGGAGGAAAUGUGUUAUGGGAUUACAAAGGCAGUUGGGCCGGCGUCGUCUACAAUACCAUACCUGGAAUGUCAGUGAGUAAGAUGAGGCAGUGGCCACUUAUAGCUGAUGAAUUAAGCAGGGGAGAAGUUCCGGAAGUGGUUGAUCUAGUCAAUUCUACGGGGUUGCUUUCUGUGGUCAACAAUUUGAGCCACCUUACUUACGAUAGACCUCUUUGUUCCGCCUUUGCUGAGAGAUACUACGGGGAAACGGAUACUUUACAUCUUCCGUCUGGAAAAAUGACGAUAACUUCAAAUGAUGCGAAGUUCAUUACCGAGCUAAGCAUAGAAGGUAAAGCCGUGAAGCACAAAGAUUACGGCAAGAGCUUGAUUGGGACAAGAUUUAUGCGUGGACCAAGGAAGUAUUCCAAUGGGAUGAGGAUAAUACCAAGAAGGAGAUGCUAG